CUGAAGCAAUCCAACCCGCCGAUCGCCCGUCGAUGAUGGCAUUUUACGCCAAGUCACUCGAACUGUACGAGAUUUUGAACGAUGUCCUGCUCAGUCUCUACAAGCCCAUUCCCGAGGAAAGUCCAGAAGACAUAUACGAUUUCUAUUUCAACAGAGAACCUAGUGAAGGAGAACUCACCAUAUUUGAACUUGACCGCGCUCUCACGAAAUGGACACGCAGUCUACCCGCACAUCUGCGCGGAGACCCUUCCCCAGUAGCUGAUAACAUCAUUUUCUACCGGCAAUGUGUGGUCUUGCGAGCACGAUUCCUGCACGUCAGGAUGCUACUAUUCCGUCCAAUUCUCUCCAAAUACUGUACGGCACGCGAGAUCGCCUCCGAUCCACUCAUAUCUCUUCACGACUCAUUUCCUCAACGCGUUGCUUUGCAGUGCUCUGUGAUCUGCGUCAAAGUCGCACAAGAGGUGAUCGGUCUGAUACACAGUAACAUUCCGGCAGAUGGGACUUCUGGGCCUCUACCCGCUUGGUGGUAUAACAUACUAUAUGUCUACACCGCAGCAACUGUUUUGAUAGCCGCAUAUCUUUGCCCCGCGAUCCUCGACGAAGUCACUGAAGCAUCAAUCACCACGUCAUGGGACACCGCCCUCGAGAUCCUCCGAAAGUACCAAAGCUACAGUACAUCUGCGCGACGAUGCGUAGCGGCUCUUGAGAUUCUGUACGAACGGGUUGUAUCUGAAGCGCCGCCGGUGCAUAUCCAAGGUCCAGAUGUCGCUCCCGCCGCAGGGGCGGGUGUGGGAGCUCCGCUUGGUGCAAUCGGAGAUGUGUCCCUUGGCGAGGGGAUGAAUGCAAGUUUCCUCGACGCGUUCGAACUACCGGACUUUCAAGAUAUGUCGUGGUUGAAUAGUGUUCCGAGUCAUUUGUACUAAUACAAAGACGGAUAUGGUGGCCUGGCGGUGCCCUCUGUGGUGGACAGGGAGUUAUUGUAAACGAGACCUUCGAACCGAACUUCUCGCUUCUGAAUCAGUGAAUCGCCAGGCGUCUGCGCAAAGCUUCGCCCUGGUAAUUCUUGCAGAUCUCGGGCAAGAAGAGGCCGAAUAGUUUUUCCGUCCAUACAAAGUGUCUCCACGCACUUGGCAGGGGCGUCCCCGCAUUCCCCCGCCGGGAUCAUGACGCGUUGUGGAGAUGACUCCGAAAUGCUUUUGCCGUUCCUGACUCGAGGACCGCAAAAGCAUCUCCUGAGAGUGUCAUUUUGGGCUAGCUGUUUAAUAUUUCGCCCGAAUCUUGUGGAGCAUCAUGCAAAUUGUCCCGCAAUUCGGUCUGAUUUACCCCGGAUUCCCAGUGGUUCCGCCUGAGCUCGCUCAAGCGAAAUGGCUACAAAACUCCGAAUUAAUCCCCCCCGGGGAACAUACUCCAUUCAGUGACAGAGCUGAUCAGACAACAUGCGUGCAGUCAUCAGUCUGUUGGCAUGGGCCACGGCAGCCCGCGCCGCGCUCACCGCGGUCGAGGACGACAGCUCAAUUACUCUAGAGAACGACCGACUGAAGGCCAUCUUCGACAAAGACCGAGGUAGCGUCGUCGACUUAUAUCUCGACGGGCAAGACCUUCUCGGUCCGCAGUCAGGCUCCACCGGUAUCGGACCAUACCUCGAUUGCUACUGCACGCCCUCCGGGUUUUACACAGCCGGCUCCACCAACCCAGUGAUGGAACUGGUUCAAGGCACAGACUCAACGGGAACAAAAUACGCAGGCGUCAUCUUAAACGACACAUACACUCCCACCGGACAAGAGUUCCAGCAAUACUGGUUCCUGCGUGACGGCGAGACGGGGUUUCAUAUGUUCAGCCGACUGGCAUAUUACAACGAGACGACCCCAUUCCUGCGCAAUCUGCAGGAGCUCCGUACGCUUCUCCGACCGAACACUGAUCUCUGGACGCAUUUAAGUUCAAGUGACCUGCAGACUGCGCCACUGCCCAGCGAUGAGGCGGUUGCGGAGCAAAUUGUUGUGCAGGAUGCGACGUGGAGACUGAACAAUACACCGAGCGACGCGUACUACGAGCAGUUCUCGGAGUACUUUACCAAAUAUACUUUCUCGAACUUGUGGCGCGACAAUGAUGUCCAUGGAAUGUACGCCGAUGGCUCGACGUCGAAUGGAACGGCGUACGGCGCGUGGUUGGUGAUGAACACGAAGGAUACUUACUAUGGCGGGCCUCUCCACUCAGAUCUAACGGUCGACGGCAUCGUCUACAACUAUAUCGUGUCCAACCACCACGGCGAAGGCACGCCCAACAUCACCCACGGCUUCGACCGCACAUUCGGCCCGCAAUUCUACCUCUUCAACGGCGGAAAGGAAUCCGGUUCUCUGGAGGAGCUGAGGGACGAAGCGCGAGCGCUUGCCACACCAGAUUGGAAUGUUGAUUUCUACGACUCGAUCGCGAAGCAUGUUAUCGGCUAUGCUCCGUCAAGCAGCCGAGGUCGUGUCAAGGGAACGAUCAAGCUUCCGCGUGGCGCAGAGAACCCGAUUGCGAUCCUGACGGUUGACGGACAGUACUUCCAAGAUAACUCUGCCGUCCCAUCGUCGUACCAGUACUGGGCUGAUAUCGACAAGAAUGGAAAAUUCGAGAUCAAGCAUGUCAAGGAGGGCAAGUACCGUCUGACCGUCUACGCCGACGGCAUCUUCGGCGACUUCGUCCGUGACGGCGUCACUGUCAAGGCUGGCAAUGCAACCUCGCUGAAAGCAACCUGGACUGCAGAGUCCGCAGGUACCGAGAUCUGGCGCCUCGGCACCCCCGACAAAUCCUCUGGAGAGUUCCGCCACGGCUACGCGCGCGACACCACACACCCGCUCCAGCCACCGGAGUAUUUGAUCUACUGGGGCGCGUACGACUGGCAAACCGACUACCCGACGGGCGUCGACUACACGAUUGGCGAAAGCGACCCCGCGACAGACUUCAACACAGUCCACUGGGCGGUCUUCGGCCCUACCCCCGACAACCCAGACAUCGAAUACAACACAACGCACGACUGGAAGAUCCGCUUCAACCUAUCGAAAAAACAACUCGCGCGCCGCAAAACCGCAACCCUAACCAUCCAACUCGCCGGCGCUAAAACCGCCGCCGGAAACACGGACGUGUACAACCCGGCCGAACCAUACACGAACCUCCCGCUGGAGAGCUACAUCAACGACCAGGAGGACCCGCUUACAUUGCUCGUCGGGUUUAACCAGAGUAGCAGUUGCAUCGUGCGCUCGGCUGUCAGCUGCUACCAGGUGAGGGAGCGGUGGGAGUUUCCGGUUGAGUGGUUGAAGGUCGGGGAGAAUGUGCUCACGCUGCAUUUGCCGUAUAAUGGGACGAAUACGGAGACGGCGGUUUUGCCGACGACGGUUUAUGUGCAGUAUGACGCGCUGAGGUUGGAGGUGAAGUGAAGUGGAGUCGGCGAUUCUAAGGUGGGGAGGCAGGUAAGAGAUUUGAGGCGGUAUCAAUGAAUUGCUCGGCAGGGUGGUCCUAAUAUUUUGACACUGUUACGAUACCUGUACUGAUGUAUCAAUAUAUUUCCCGACGAAUUCAUGAGAACGUAGGGUUGAAUUUGUUUUGAGAGGAGAAAAGUUGUCCAAGGUAGGUAUCCCUAUCCAAUCCAAUCCACGAAGAAACCAUCCAGCCACGGCACGCAAGGCAUCGCUCGCCCCUCCUCGAACAUCAGCCGAGGCGGAAGCUGCACCGUAGCUAGCUGGGAGAUGAGCGCUCUGGGUGCUGGAUAUAGAUGCAGAGCAAGUGUGGAUUUGGAUUUUGUAGCCUACGCGUGCACAUACUACUGUGACGUGUGGCUAUUGCCGGGGGACUGGCUGGCCGA